AAGUUGAUACAAAUGUCGAAUGCGUAUGUAUAAAACACAUUUAAUUCAUUAUGUAACAGAAAUUCAGUUCUUUGUAUCAUUUAUGAUUAAAUAUUCAAAUGUUUGCCUUUUUUUUAACGGCAACAUCCUGGGUUAUGAGCAUUUCAAAUUUCAAAACAAACUUGGUUGACAUGAGUUUUUUUUGGUCAAAAUUCGAAAUUUCUAUGUUUCAAGUGGUUUUAAGUGUGGCUAAGUGGGUGGACUUUAACAUUCUACACCCUUACCAAGAGCGUUCUACUCUUCGUUUCGCGUUCUCUGUUUUAGUUUGGUUCAAAACCUUUUAAGAUGUCUCGCAACGCAGCGCCUUCCUUAAAUCAGGUAGAAAAACUAGUAUACUAUAUGGAAUGCAAUCCAUGGUUGGCAAUGGGUCAUGCUCGUACUUCGAACGCGAGAAAUCGCAGUCGUCAGGCAUGGACUAAAAUAACAACAGUUUUAAAUAGUGAAGGUGAUGGGUGUACGAAAACAUGGCAACAGUGGUGUAAGUACUGGAAGGACAAAAAAGGUGCUGUGAAGAGGAAGGCCAGCUUAAUUGCAGCAGGGACACAGCGUCCUGGUAGUAGUAUAGAGGAUUUGCCAGAACUCAGUGAAGUUGAGUUAAAAAUCCAAACAAUUAUGGGAGAAGGUAGUGUUGGUCGUCAGAGAAAGACUACCAAUGGUCAAAGAGAGACUACCGAUAGUCAAAGAGAGACUACCGAUAGUCAAAGAGAGACUACAGAAACUUUCAUGGGAGAUAGAAGUUUAGCAAUAGAUCCCUUUCCGGAUCGGCUACCUGAGCCAACAAAACCUGUGGUACAGCAGGAUGAUGUUUCGGAAAGGGGCAGUCAAACUCCCACUCCUCGUGUGUCUAGAGAGACAUUACGUGAUCGCAGACGGACGAUCCAACUGCCUCCGCGUCUAUCUGGUACGCGCCGGCGCCUAUUGAGAAGAUCACCUCCAGUGCAACGCCGCUCUGAAAUGGCCAGCAUCACAGAGCGGUUCAUUGCAAUAGAAGAACGAAGAGUAGACGCUGAACUCCUGAUUGCUCAAGCAAUAAGACAGCAAGCACAAAGCAGCCAAGCUACUGCUCAAGCUAUUGGUCAAAUCGGUCAAGCUAUUGCUCAGGCAAUUAAUCAACAAAUGCUGAACGGCCAAGCUACUGCCCAAGCUAUGGUACAAGCUGGUCAAGCUAUGGCUCAGGCUCUAGAUAGGAUGAGUAGUUCUAUUAGAGAUUUAGCUAAUAAAUAAAUAAAUAUAUAAAGAAAAAUGUGUGUUAAAAGACUGAUUUGUUAAUUAAUUAGGUAGUUAUGAUAAAAUUAGUUACACUAUAUUAAGAUUAUUUUUUUAAAAAGUUAUAACAUACAUUUUGUUUCGUACAUAUUACUAUGUUGUUAGUCUAUAUUAAGAUUGUUUUAUUAAUUAAUUAAUUGUAAUAAAGUUACCUUACCUUCAUAUUCCUAUUUUAUUAGGCUACUUAUAUUAAUUUUAAGUAAAACAUUAUAAAUAAAUAAAAACAAUUAAAAAUA